UGCGGAGAUGUGACUCGGGCGAGGGCCAGCGGGAGCGUCGGCGCUGCGGGACCGCGGGCGUCGAGAGAAAGAUGAGAGCCCACCAGGUGCUCGGCUUCCUCCUGCUCUCCGUGAUCGCCUCUGGGGCCUCUGAGAACGCCAGCACGUCCCGGGGCUGCGGGCUGGACCUCCUCCCUCAGUACGUGUCCCUGUGCGACCUGGACACCAUCUGGGGCAUCGUGGUGGAGGCGGUGGCAGGGGCGGGCGCCCUGAUCACGCUGCUCCUGAUGCUCAUCCUCCUGGUGCGGCUGCCGUUCAUCAAGGACAAGGAGAAGAAGGACCCGGUGGGCCUCCACUUCCUCUUCCUCCUGGGGACCCUGGGCCUCUUCGGGCUGACGUUCGCCUUCAUCAUCCGGGAGGAUGAGACUAUCUGCUCGGUGCGCAGGUUCCUCUGGGGCGUCCUCUUCGCGCUCUGCUUCUCCUGCCUGCUGAGCCAGGCCUGGCGCGUGCGGAGGCUGGUGCGCCACGGCAAGAGCCCGACGGGCUGGCAGCUGGUGGGCGUGGCGCUGUGUCUGAUGCUGGUGCAGGUCAUCAUCGCCAUCGAGUGGCUGGUGCUGACGGUGCUGCGGGACGCCAAGCCGGCCUGCGCCUACGAGCCCAUGGACUUCGUGAUGGCCCUCAUCUACGACAUGGUACUGCUCGUGGCCACCCUGGGGCUGGCCCUGUUCACGCUCUGUGGCAAGUUCAAGAAGUGGAAGCAGAACGGGGCCUGCAUCCUGGUCACCGCCUUCCUGUCUGUGCUCAUCUGGGUGGCCUGGAUGACGAUGUACCUCUUCGGCAUCGCCAGGCUGCCCCAGGGGGAGACCUGGGGUGACCCCACCUUGGCCAUCACGCUGGUGGCCAGCGGCUGGGUCUUCGUCAUCUUCCACGCCAUCCCGGAGAUCCACUGUGCCAUUCUGCCUGCCCCGCAAGAAAACACACCCAACUACUUCGACACGUCGCAGCCGAGGAUGCGGGAGACGGCCUUCGAGGAGGACGUGCAGCUGCCGCGGACCUACAUGGAGAACAAGGCCUUCUCCAUGGAUGAACAUAACGCAGCCCUCCGCACGGCAGGAUUUCGUAACGGCAGCUUGGGGAACAGACCCAGCGCCCCGUUCAGAAGCAACGUGUAUCAGCCGACGGAGAUGGCCGUUGUGCUCAACGGUGGGACUAUCCCAACCGCUCCGCCAAGUUACACUGGACGACACCUCUGGUGAAAGACUUAAGUUGCAGAGAAUAAGAAUCUCUCUUACCGAUUUUAUUCCCUGGCUGUGUCUUUCUUGAGGGAGAAAUCGGUAACAGUAGCCGAACCAGGCCGCCUCGCAGCCAGGAGCUUUGGAAACCCUAGACAAGGGGAUUUCGUGUAAAUGUGAACACUGCUGAACUGAAAGGCUAACACCGACUGCCCUACACACACACACACACACACACACACACACACACACACACACACCCACACGCACAGACAUGCAUACACGCACACACAUAACACCAAGCCAACCUCGAUCCCUCGAUCCCUGCAAACUAAAGCAAAGCUAAUUGCAAAUAGUAUUAGGCUCACUGGAAAAUGUGGCUGGGAGGGCUGUUGCUCCUUCUGGGAGUAGAACAGAACCAAGUUCACAGCUGGUGGGCCUGGCCGGUGUUGGUUGACUCUGGCCGUCCCGACCCCAUCACCCCACCCCGGCAAGUGGGGGGCCCUGGCGGUCUCUUGGAGACGACCGUCUCAUUGAGGACUGUUGGGGACCUUUCCACCGCCUUGCUUGUUGGUUUGCACAUUUCAGGGGGGUUGGGAGCAGUUGAGGAGGUUGUGGGUGUGAUUCCUUCCAAGGUGGGCCCCAACAGAUUCACGGGGUAAGCUUUCCAGCCAGUAGUGGUGGAGGAGCCCUGGCAUGUGCCAAAGAAGGGGAGGCUACCUGGGAGUUGAAGGGGCCAUCGCAUUGAGAAGGUGGUGACCAGCCACUGUUCCUUCUGUGGGCUGCUUUGCUCCAGCGUCUAUGACAGGAAAGCCAGUACCUCCCUCCCUGGGGGGGCCUGCAGCCUGCCCCUUCGUGGUCUCCUCUGCCCGCACUCACCAGUGCUCCUCUAAGCCCCUGCCAAGUGUACCCCAUGUUCAUUACAAAAGCCUAAAGCCCUCCUGGGUGGGCGGGCCUCCGUGACGUGUGUGGUAGUGGGCUGCCCGGCGGUGCCCUUAGGGCGCAGAGAUGACACCUGGUGGCUGCCUGGCCUGCUGAGUGGUCUUGGAUCUUGGUUAGUGACAGUUCCAGGGUGGGGUGGAGCACACGAAGGGUUUCUUGCUGCUUUGGGGAGUACGGUCUGGGGAGCACUUCUGUCUUGGUUUACUGCAAGUUCCAUGAAAAAGUUCCUCUUCAAAGCCCAUCACUUCUGCUCAUGGUUUCCAUCUGUCCUCAGCAAAUCAUCCCUCUGUUAUUUGGCAUCUCGAACAUCUCGGCCAUCAAAGCCCAUGUCCUCUGCACUGUUUGGCCAGCAUAACUGCUAGUAACGAUCCAAGCAAGGCGUUCUAACCUGACGGCACGGAAUGUAUAAGCAAGGGUGCGACCUUUUGUGUCUCUUCUAAUGACUAUAUUGCUUGUUUUUUCUAUAAAACAACCCAUAAGCCUUUAACCUUUUAAAGCAAAUGAAAAAGGUUAGUGUUUGGGGGAGGGGAAACUGACCUCUUCAUAAGCCAGUAUGUCAGAGCUGAGUAUGUUUUAAUAAACCUUCUGAUUUUUCUCGAGGCCCUAGUCUGCUGUGUCCCGUCCUCACCCUCCCCGCAUCCUUGCCCAGCGCUGGGGGACAAGGCCAGUCUGGCCAUCCCCUAACCCUCCUUGGCGUCUUCCCGCUGGCUAGCGCUUUCCCUGUGUCGGCCACGCUGAGGGGGGGGGCGACGGCAUGCACACGCUGGCCCUACCUGACCCCCGGGAAGCUGCCUGCCCCUGCCCGGAGCAUGUGCUUGCUUUUAGAGCAUCAGACUCCAGCCCUCUGUGCCGGGAGCACUGGGGAGCACUGCACACUUGGAGUAUUGGGGAGGGAGGAGUAAGAAGCCAAGACCGGGGUGGGGGCAGGGGGUGGCGCUGCAUGCACGCUUAGUAUUCUGCAAAUACAGAAUUCUCCCAGUGCCUCGGUCCAGUCUGGUGAAAAACGACAGCGUUACACAUUCUCGUGCCAGGAAAUGGUUGCUCAGCCCCGCUCUCUGGAGUCCUUUGGAGCUCUCUGAUACCAUCAGUGACUCGGUCUGCAAGAGCCCCCCCUUGCAGAAGGGGGCGAUUCUCACCAUCGCUGUCUCUCCCAGCUCUUGGUGGCCCAGGCACAUAAGGUGAGCGCAGCGCGAGUGGCUGUCAGUGGAAAGUGCGUUCCACCACCUUCGAGAUGGAGCCAGCUUGGAGCCAGGGGGAACCUCACUUAAUGAGACCUUUUUCAUUUCUAUCGCUGAUACUUCAUUGCGCUUCUGGGUCUUGUUUUAUUUUGGCUUUAAGGUCUAGAGUAGGCCGCGUGCCCUUGGGAUCCAGGGGGAGGUGGAGAGAGGGUGCAGGACAGAGAACUGUUGUUUUUCUAAGAACUUCACCUGAAAGGUACAAAGAGACACCUUUACCAAGAGACUGUGGCAGCCAGCUGCCCCCACGGAGCAAAGUGGAAAUACGAAGUUAAAUAGCACCUCUGAUGAAGAUCUGUUUAUGUAAACAAGACUUGUUGGGGGAAAUGAGCCUGGCGGAAAGCAUCUGUGAUCAAAAUACCUAAUUGAAAGCACAAGUCUUCCUGUGUCCGGUUAUUAAAAUCACCUUGGAACUAUAACAGCCACUCUUGCCCCCCCUUUUAAUAGAAAAUGCUCAUUCUGUUCUGGAUUUCUUCACCGGACCGAAGGGUGGGCAGUGAGGGCAUCAGCUUGGAGGACCGACAAACUAGAAAGUUCUUUCUUGGGUCAUGGGUUUUCGAUUUGGUUGUUGAAGUCCGUGCUCUUAGAGAUUCUGUCAGGGCUCCCUGAAUAAGGGUAAAUGUGGGGUGGUCUUCUUGCUUAGCCAAGGCUGAGUUGAACCGCAAAAUGAAGGGAGCAUUGUGGCUCUUAUAAUCCGAUGAUGCAACGAUCAUACCAGCUUCCCGGAGUUCUCGGCAGGUGCUUUUUAUUCAAUGAGAAAGAGCUAAGGCUCGUUUUUGAUAGAUAAUAUAUAUUUAUUAAAUGUAUUCAUGUGUGUUUUAUAAUGUACCUUUAUCCUCCCCUGGCUGACUGUUGCAUUCUCCUAAAAAAAGUUGUUAAAGAAAUCUGAAGACAAUCAAUGUGUAUCAUAAAUGACUGUAUAUAAAUAUUACAAAUUUAAAAGGUUGUAAAGCAUGGGCAGAUAGGUUUUAUUUUCAAAAUGCUGUUCUUAACACAAAAAAUAAAGGCUUUCCUAUUUACUUAAGACGUGUGGUAACUUGUCCAAACAGCCCAGUAUAACUUCUAGCUUUCCAUCUGCUUGGAGGCUCAGUCUGCGGCUUUGUGAAUGGGGGAGUUCUGGUUAACAGCCAACCGCAGAACAAAUGAGGGUCAUAAGUUACCCAUCAAAUGAGGAACUUUCUAUAAUACUUUGGGGCCCAGGCAACAAAAACCCUUUGUCUGUGAUUUCUGUCUGGGCUAAAUGUCUCAUCUUGUGGGUUUGCAAUAAAAAUGAAGGGCCGGUCGCCUUUGGAAAUGACUGGGGGGCUGAGGGGGGUAGUGUCUUUCACAAAAAGAGUACUCACUAAAUAAAACCACCGCAGAUUUGGGGACCUGAAUUUAAAUACGGAUCUUGGCAGAGAUGGCCACAAGUGGGAAAGUGGAAACUCAAGCACCUCAUGUCUGAGGAACUAGAGAUGGUUGGUGGAGAAUGCUCUGGAAGAAAUACAUGGAUGAAAGAAUAAAAUUUGAGGGAAAUGCAGAAAGUUUAGCCUGGAACUUUCCUGUAUAUUGUUUGCACUAAGGCCUGUUGCCUACACAUUCCAUGGUGUGUGGAAAGAUUCCAUAUUCGUGUGCAUAAGUCACCACAGCGAGAGCAUACUUUGGCCAUCUUCCUGCCUGAGCUCCUUGGCACACCGAGGCGAAGAGACGGCAAGAGUGAUUACGGUGGGGGAAUCGCCGCCGAAGCCCCCUCAUCAUCCUCCAUCUUGCAUUUCACUGUGAAGAAAUGAGAGAGAUAGUCAGAGCGGAUGUACGUUCCUGGACAGACUGGUCACUUGGAAACUGCAAACUCGGAUGCGUGCAGGGCGGUGGCACCAAAGCCUGCUGCUGAGCGCCUACAGUGGUUCUGGCCCAGCCAGUUUCCUGGGCAGGACACAGGGCUGUCGUGCUCCACUUCGCGCAGAGUUCAUGGCCAUUCUUAACUCAGUUCAGAAGGUCAGAGUGUGCUCUGUAGGCCGGGGGAACCGAAGGAAGUUUGGCUAAAGGUGAUGA